GGACGUGAAAGUAGGCGUUACCUUGCGGCUGAUUUCGUUAUGUAAUCAUGAACUGUAACACACAAAACCAAUCAUCAGAUGAAACAGACAAACUUCGUAAAACAAGAGAAAAAGAGAAUAGACAAACAGCUAUUUGUGCUAACUUUGACAAAUCAAUCGUUCUAUGGAGUCCAGGCGAUAUUGGCAGUAUGGUAUUACAUGAGGGUUUCAAUCUACAUAGAAUGCCAAAAAACUAUCUUACAAGGAAAUCCUACAUCGAAAAACUAAUCUACCAUGCUACAAUGUCAGAUUCAAUCAAAUCUCCAUUUGCUGGAUUCAAAGUAGCCAAUGAAUAUUUAAAUGAACUGGAUCAUAUUGAUGUAAUCAGUGGAAUCAAAACAUUCAAAUCGUUUAUUCGAUCUUUUUUCAAAAAUAAUAGUCGUACAUCAACUAUGAUUCAUAAAAUAGGAAGAACAUGGCUUCUGAAUGAAUUCGAUAUUGAUUCAUUCUUGUUAUCCGGAGGUGAAUGUCACGAAUGGUUAUGGCUUCGUGAAUUUCUAAAAAAGGAAGAUUAUCGUUUGUGUUCUCAUUCAUUGUCGCGUAAUGUGUUGAUUUCAAAUGAUCUUGAAUCGAAAUUUCUAUAUCAUACGGUUUUCCAAUCCCCUGAACUUGGCUUGAAAAAAAUACAAAUGUUACAACCAAAAAGUUUACCUUCAUCAAGUGGUAAUGAUCAUGCUGGAAAUGAAAUCACUAAAGAAGUAGCGUGCACUCAUUUGGAUCCGAGUUCUGUUGGGGUUGAACAUUUGUCCAUGGUAGACGUCGCAUUGUCAUCAUCAUUGGAUGAUACAGUUACAACCAACAAUGCUGAACAAAAUAAUGAAAGUAGACAGUUUCGAUCAUCAUGGGUUAUAAAUCCAGAUCAAUAUCUUCAUACUGCUGAAUGGCAAUUAAAAGAUCUCAGUUUUAUUGUGGGCUCUGAUAUGCCUAUAUUCGGCACACCGAAACAUCCUUGUAUUAGUCUAAAAUUAAGUCCAUUACAUGAGUCGAUUAAUGUUUUAACCGGAAUUGAUGUAUGGCUUGAAAAUAUUAUCAAUGAAGUCCCCGAAGUGGCUAUGUGUUAUCAUCAUGAAGGUAUCGUCAUGCAAGAAUAUGAAAUUUACAAAACAUGUGAAAUUCCACCGAUUAUUGGAUUUGAAACGGAACAAAUUAAUCAAAUUAUACGUAAUUUAGUUAUGUUUUUAAAACGGAAUGCAACACAAGAAGGUCAUACAUAUUGGCUUGUAAAAGAACCUGGGUUAGGUGUUGUUAAACUAUAUGAUUUGACAACUUUAGGUUAUAAAGAAUUUCUAAACAAAUGUUCAGAGGAACCUAAUGGUCGAGAGGCAUAUAUGAAAGACAAUAACCCAUUUAUCCUGCCUGUUGCAUCAUUAUGCUAUAAAUUAGCUGAAAUUCGUGUUAAAGAAUAUAUACAUUAUCGUGAAACUCAAAUUUUUCAAUCAACAACUUUCGAUUCUUUUAAUUCAACAUCGUCAUCAUCAUCUCCACGACGAUAUUCAACUGACAGUAAUGAUUUCAAUGAAAUAACUACUGUUAUGGAUGCUUUACGUUUAUUGAGAAACUGUUUAAAUUUAAUAUCAGUUCAUGAAAAUUUUUCUAAUGUGUCAGAUCUAUCAGGUUUAUCAUUUAAUCCAGCAACUACAUCACCUGGAAUACAAGAUUUAAAAUUUCGUGCAGUAUUAUUACUAUGUCGAUUGUAUCUAAUUACACCUACAAAUGUGAUUAUGACAUGUUUUAAAGAUAUACAAGGAUUGGUAUGUGCAAGUCGAGAGACUGUUAGUGUAAAUAUUGAACAAUUUGGAAAAUCUUUGAAUUCUUCAGAAUUGAAUACAUUUACUUUAUCUGAUGAAAAUGAACAAAUUACUGGCACUACCACUAAUAAUAAAAAUUCAAAAUUGGUUUCAAUCAAUUCCAAUCGUAAUUAUUUAGGUUCAAUGAUUAUUGAUGCACUGAGGAAAUCGAAUACAUCGCAACUUUCUGAAUUAGCUAUAUCAAUUCUUGGCUCCUUCAAUCGUAAUCUCGCUUAUGGUCACCAUCGAUCUAAUCUAACUAAUACAAAUGAUCGAGAUAAAAUGCUCACACCAUAUUCCUCAUCAGUAAACAAUCAUCACCACCAAAAUUGUUCUGCCGAGAGUUACGAUAAUGACAGUAUAAUGAAUAAAAAUAAUGAAAUGAAUGACUCACAAACGUAUUCUUUACCAUUUGCUGUAUUAAAAUCUUAUAUUGCUAAGUCAGAAGAAUUAUGGUUCAUGGUAUAUCAACAAAUGCAUCAUACUGAUACCAUAUUGAAUCCAAUUGUAAUUGAAUCAUUAAACAUGAUAUUUCAAUAUACUUUACCAGCUUUAAUGCUUCUUGAACAUUUAGUUCCAGAUAGGUAUACACAUUGUUUUACUCCUAAUGAACAACAUGAAAAACAAAUACAACUAUCUAUGAAAAAACCAAUUUGCCCAUACUGUUAUUCUUCAUGUGAUCUAAUUAAAGACUCAUUAGAUCGUUGCUGUUUAAGUGAUACAUUAUUUAUUGUAAGUUGUCUAUUUUCUGCUGCAUUUAUUUCUUAUCCGGAAGCAAUUCAACGAACUAAUCUUAUCACCACUUCAAAUCACCAUUAUCAGCAAGAUAAAAAGAAGGAUUCGGAAUUAUUAACUCCUUCAGUUGAUACGUUUAUCAUGCAAUCAGCUUGUGAACAAAGUAAAAUGCAAAUGCAAAUCUAUUUGAAUACUGUUUUAUCUGGUCCAGUUAAAUUAUCGAAAAAAUUAUCAUCUAGUAUUGAAAAAUUUUCUGACGAUGAUUCUUCUGGUAUUUUAACAAAAUAUACUAAUUGGUUCAAUGCUCUAAAUUUAGCCGCUUGUUGUUUACAACGUGUAUUUCUUCAAUCGACAAAUACUAUUAAUCGUCAACAGCGCCAACAUCAUUCACGUAGAUCGAACUCGUCAAUGAUGACGAUAAUGAAACAACGAGCUAAUAAAUUUGAAUCUUCUCAUGAUUUAAAAGCGUAUAUGAAUAAAUUAAAAAUUACUAAUGACUGGUGGUCAGUAUUAAUGAACAUGUUUGUAUGCUGUUUACGUAGUAUGUGGUUGGACUGUGUUACUGAUAAUCAAGAUGAGAUCAUUCAUUUAAACUUCAAUAAAUUCUUAGAUCAAUAUCUAAAUAUUCUAUUAUGUAAUCCAUUUGAUUCUUCAUGUAGUACUACUACUACUACAUCUACUGAUAUUGUUGAUGUAACAAAUAAUAAUAAUAAUAGUAGUAUAAGUAUGGUAUCAUAUCAGUUGAUUGAUACAAAUGAAUUUCAAUUAUACAAACUAUUGGCAUUAUGUUCUCAGUCAUCAUCAUCAUCUUCAACAUCAUUGUUACCUUGGGCGAAUAAAUUAAGUUCAUUGAAAAAAUGGCGAUCUAAUGAAGAUCAUCUGCUACCUAAUGAAACAUUAUAUUUUAAUCAACAAUAUUAUUCUAAAACAUCAAUUUUAAAUAAUAUGCAAAAUUAUAAAAAAUUUCAAUUUUCAUUAACUACAGUUUGUUUAGCUCGAUCUAUUGAAACAUUAUUACAUUAUCAAUUAUGUAUAAAUCAUAAUGAAAUGCCAUCCAUACAAAUAUGUUUAGAUUUAUUACUUACAACUAAUGAAUAUUUAUCAAUUUGUUUAGAAGAAUUCAAAACUAUUCAGGGUGAUAAAUUGGAAUACUUAGACAUAAUUAAUAAUGUAUUAAAACAAGUUUUACGUUAUCUCCCAUCGGAUCUCACUCCUUAUUCAAUUACAUCAUCGUCAACUACUAGUUCACUCACGACUACAGAAAAUGAUAGCACCAACAACAACACAGCUGUCAAUAAAGACAUUUUGCGAAUUUUUGUUAAUUUACGUUUACACCAGUUAAACGUUAUGCUUUUACGACAUCAUCAUGGUGUAACAUUUAAACGUGGCAAAUCACAAACUCCUGCUUGGUUUACAAUGAUUACACAAGCUAGAACUACAUUAGAUUGGCAUGCUUCUUAUUUAGCUAGUAAUACUAAUAUUAUCACUUCUAAGGGGGAAGAUAAACACUUGAACAUUGAUUUACAAGAUGUGAUUUUACAUGUGACUUUGUUAAGUCAUCUUGUCAGUUUGCAGACAGUAAAUCAAGAUGUAUUAUCUAUAUUCGGUAUUCAAGCUAUUCUUCGAGAUAUUUGUAGAAUUCAUCCUAUCCUAAAAUUAUUGAUCAGUUCUUCUGAUUAUUUUACAACAAAUCCAUUAUAUUCUAAUCUACAAGGUCCCUUAAAUUCAAUUUCAAACAAUUUAACCAAAUUAUGUGAUACACUAGCUAGAAAAUCACAAACUAAACGUGAAAAUAAAUAUGACUUAAAAUUAACUAACAGUCAACAUGUCAAGAAAACGAAACAAAAAAAUAGUGGUAGUAACAACAAUCGACUGACAGAACAAAACAUCCCAGAAACUAAUGAUCAUUAUCAUGAAAACUUUUCUCCAGAAUCUUUAUUACUGUCGAACAUAAAAAAGCAGCAACAACAACAGGAUAAUUUUUUAACAACAAAACAAACUAUCAAUGAAGCAAACAAUUCAUCAUCACCACAACCAUCAUGUCAAGCAUUCAAUAAUCACUGUCAAGUUCUACAAUGUCAAAUUGAACAUUUAACAAAGUAUUUAAGUGAAUUAUGAGAAAUAAAAGCGUAAAAAAAGAAGAGUAAAUAACUAUCCUACUCAUAUAUUUAUUUUUUUAUUCACACUACCUAAGCUUUCUGUCCUCCUGUUUCAUAUGUAGAAAUUUUAUUCAUUCCCUCUUGUAUUUAACAUAGAUAUUUCUCAUUUUCAUUUGUAUGAUACACGAUUAUUAUUGUCUUUAUAGCCUUUAUAUUCUUUGAAAGUAACUUUGUUUGCGUUUUACACUUUGCAUAAACUAAUUCAAGAUGAAUGUAUUUUUGAUUAUUUACGGAGGGGGGAGUUGAAUGUGUUGAAACACAUUCUUAAAUCGAUAUAAACUUCCACUACUUUCAAGAUGUAUAAUAGGAUAAGCUUGGGGGUUUCUUUAGUUGUGAAGUCUUUUAGAUACAUUCACAAUCAACAAAUUUGAUUGAAAUCAUGAAUCGAUCAAUGUUAGACUAACAUUGAAAACCUGGAAGCACUGGACCAAUAUUUCGUCGAUUCAUUAUCUUAAUCAAAUACUUAACAAUCUCCACAACUCCAUACUGAUAACUACUAUGUGCUCACUAGUGACUGGCUUCGUAAGGAAUUUCUCGAAGUUAUAGUAAGAAGCAUCCACAAUUAACAAAUUGUUAUAGAGAAUCUUAUCUUUUUAUUCAAACGCUAGACUAUAAUUCUUGUGGAUUAGAAACUUUGUUAAGUGUUGAAAACAGGUUGAUCAAAUACUGUUCAUUGUUUUGUACUUCAUGUUUUAAAACGAUAUAGUUAUCCGUCAUGUAACUAUUAAAGUGGAAAUAACAUAUUUUUCCAAUUCAAAACAAAAACAUAAUAAUUAGUCAAUAUCAUUUUACUCUGACUAUGGUACUAAUAUGCAAAGUUCAGUUUCGUGUAUUCGGCUUUGAGCCACAGUUUGUUGGAAUGCUGGUGAUACUUUUCAGCUGUUCAAAUUGGAGUAGGUAGAACGAGACUCGAACUUGUGACUUAGUGAUUGAAAGUCGACUGUCGUAACUACUAAGUCACUACUCUAAAGUAUCUUUAUAGCUGCUAUGUUCAAUCAAUGGGUGCGUCCAAAUAUAAACGACACGAUGAUAUAAACAAUGAAAAGUUUCAUCAACUAAAGCAGUAACUAAAAUGUACGGAUCCAGAUAGUGAAUUUUUAUCCAAUGUUUUUUUCACUAUUCUUAGUCUCAGCCAAACACGUAGAUCUAAGCGUGUGCGAUUGCGUUGUUUUUUUAGACCAGGUUCAUUUGAAAUACGCUUUUAGUUCCAGGAAAGAUGAUGCAUACCAACGUUCAGAAGAAGUACAAUCCAACACCACUUGAUGAGGUUUCUGUCGGAUCGGAAAACAUAACGAUAUGUUCGGUGUUCAAGAGAUAAAAACACAAUUAAUGGUACGGAAAGCUAAACACUGAGCAACAACUUAGCUCUUACCUCAUGUUUGAUAAAAUAAACGUCAAAGCUAAUAGGACAGCCAACUAAGACUACGUAUAUGACAAAAAGGCCCCCUCUCCAUGCUUAUCCAAUUAUCACUACAUAUUCUUGAGUUCUUAUCUGAU